AUGCAGUCAGAUUAUUUUACAAGUAAGUCUGCAAAAAACCAUCAUUCCACUCAAUAACUAAGAGCUCCAAAGACAGCCCCAUCAACUAUGUAUGCAGUUCCCUGUAUGAACUGUGAAAAUCUUAUUCCUAUUAAUGAAAUCGAUGUUCAUACAAUGAAAUGUCUAAGUGUUUCAAAGAGUGUCACUGCAGUCCUUAAAUCCAAUAAAUUAUUGGAUGAAAUCAAUUUUAAGAUAUCAAAAUUGAGAGAAUCCAUUUAGCAAUUAAAUCAAAAAGAAUCUAAAUAGGAUAACAUAAAAUAUCUUAAUAGAGCAGACGAAAUGUCUGAACAAAUCCUCACAAUUCAAAACACUAAUUAAAUUGAACUUCGUAAAUUACAGGAUCUAAAUCAAGAAUUGAAGACAAUUACUGAAUCUUACAGAGGUUCUCUUGCUAUUGCUCUCUAUCUUGAACGACUCCAUUCUCUAGCCCUUUAGAAAUAGACAUAAUUAGAAAAGGAAGUGCGCACAUCAAGAGUCGAAAUCUAAACUCAAACUCAAAAAAUUAAUCUUAUCAUUUCUAAUAGCAGUAAUUACAAUCCUUACAAUAAUUACAGUAGUGCUUCAUCAUUUCGAUACCAAUAAUAACCUGAAUAUAGUAGAACUUCUCAGUUACCCCUACCCUCUUAAUUUCAAAGUCCCCCUUUUGGCAGACCUACUAUAAUUACGAAAUUCUCAGGAAGUUAGGAUAGGAAUCAAUUAAAUGAUAUCAAAAGUGAAAUUCUUACUAAGAUUUCCACAUCAUAAUUUGAUGAGAGUGAAAUAAAUCAAAAUGAAAUUGAUCCUAACAAUUCGAACCAAUACAAUUAGUAAUAGAGAAUCUUUUAUUCAAAAUGUUUGGCUCAAAAAACCAAAUUACCCAAUACUCAUCCUUCUCAAAAAAUACCUUUGUGUAUCUUACAUAAAGAAAUGCUUUAGAGAAAAAUUCCAUCUGCUAUGUGGGAUAAAUUUAUUUUAGAUGCUUUAAACAAUCCCCAUCAAUAUCUUGAUAUGAAUAAAGUAUAAAAUCCUUAGGGACUCAAAAAUUAACUGAGAUCGAUGACUCAGGAACACUAAUUCAAACAAAGAAUUCAAAAUAUCUGA